CUGACGUCAUCGGCGCGUGCGCGUCGCGUCGGGACAGCACUGCAGAAGCAGGCGAGUUCGCGAGUGUAUCGAUUUUACGAUCGUGCCUCUCUCGCGGUGCCAGUGCGUCCGUCGUUUCCUUUAGUUUUUUAGUGGCCGUGCACGUCGUACAUGGAUAAAACCGUGAAUGGGAUUACCCGCUAGACACGCCGCUCCGUACAUCGCCCGCUGACUCGCAACUCCUCGUCACCCUUCACCAUGACCAAGGAUAGAUUAGCAGCCCUCGUCGCGGCCCAGUCGGACGACGACGAUGUGGCGGACGAUGUGUCCGUCAACGUCGGGGCGCCGGAUGAUUUCAUGACGGAAUUUUUCGCGGAGGUGGAGGAGAUCCGCGAAAUGAUAGAUAGGAUCCAGACGAAUGUGGAAGAUGUGAAGAAAAAGCACAGCGCCAUUCUCUCCGCGCCGCAGACCGACGAAAAGGUGAAACUGGAACUCGAAGACCUGAUGUCCGACAUCAAGAAAACUGCUAACAAAGUGAGGGCUAAAUUAAAGGUGAUAGAGCAGAACAUCGAGCAGGAGGAGCACACGAACAAAUCGUCGGCGGAUCUGAGGAUACGCAAGACCCAGCACUCGACGUUGUCCAGGAAGUUCGUCGAGGUGAUGACGGAGUACAAUCGGACACAGACCGAUUAUAGGGAGCGGUGUAAGGGGAGAAUACAACGACAGCUCGAGAUCACGGGGAGAACGACCACCAACGAGGAACUGGAGGAGAUGUUGGAGCAAGGAAACCCGGCCGUCUUCACGCAAGGGAUCAUUAUGGAAACGCAACAAGCAAAACAGACCCUUGCGGACAUCGAGGCGCGUCACGCUGACAUCAUUAAACUCGAAAACUCCAUCAGGGAGCUACACGACAUGUUCAUGGACAUGGCUAUGUUGGUGGAGAGUCAGGGCGAGAUGAUAGAUCGCAUAGAGUACCACGUGGAACAUGCGGUGGACUACGUGCAGACGGCCACGCAGGACACCAAAAAAGCACUCAAGUAUCAAAGCAAAGCCCGACGGAAGAAGAUCAUGAUCAUGAUUUGUCUCGCCGUACUGGGCGUUGUCGUCGCCACCACCAUCGGCGGAUACUUCGGACUGUGAACGCCAAAACCAGAGAAGUCCAAAGACAUCAGCAGCAUCGUGUACCUAAUUCCGAACCGCCGGCAGCGUCAGCAUUCACUCAUAUCGCUCCGAUACGUGAAGUUGAUCGCCAUACGGACGAGAGGAAAUCGUCAUUGUCAAAGAUGCCAUCAUCGGCGCGCUUCUAUCGUAACCAUCCAUCAUCGCUAGAGCCUUCAGUCUGUCACGUGUGCUCCCCAAUUGGACGCGAAGGAAACCAAAGAGAGGAGGGAUCAUCAUCACCAUCGUCUUCAUCGUCAUCGUCACCACGUUUGCGUCUCAAAAACCCUCGUCUCAAAAAUUUCCUUCGAUAAUGCGUUAAUUGCGUUUGGUCAGGAAGAGUACGAAAAGAUGAGAAAACAGAGGAACAGGUUUUCCUCGUUUUUCUAUUAACUUGAUCUACAAUUUUUUCAAUAGAUUCGCCUUUAACAGUCUCAGUCCCACACUUCUCUCCUAUCCCUCCGGCUAUGUCACAACGAAGCUUAGGCUCUCUUUGUGCUCGCGUCCUCAUCGGUCUUUUUUUUUGCCCUCCUAUCGCCUACCCUGCCAGGUUCUCUUCUCACGCGGCAGAAACCGAGAUAACAGGAGGCUCCUCGCGAAUGUGGAACGGGCUCCGAAGAAAACUUGACGGAUGCCUGCGUCUCUCUUUGGAACGCGUCUCCGCGGUCGGAGAUACGCACGCAUCGUCGAUCAAGCGACACCUUCGAUCGACGGGACUCCCCAUUCCGCGAUUUAUUCCCGGAUAUUUCCGCCGAAUGUCAUCGAGGAUAUCAUCGUGAAACGCACGCGUCGUUAUCGUCGGAAGCACCGGCGGUGCGUCAUCCCUCGCGACAUCCACCUCGUUGCAACCCGAGCCCGACACCCAAUGGUGUGUUCUUUUUUUUCCUUUUUUUCUUUUUACGUGUAACGCGAAAGCGACAAAUGACUCGUGCUUUCCCUUUAUCGAAAGUACGGCGCGCGAAGGAAAAAAUGCCACGGGAAAAACCACUUUCCUUUACUGUGAUUUGACACGCUGUGAAAAAAAUGUCGGGACGAGUGUCAACCUCGGAACGUCACAUUCUGAAGGGUUGCCGUUUCGUUCGCCGAUCCGAUCUCUUAUAUAUCUGCUUAUACACGAGAGAUAAACCGCUGACCAAAAUAUUUGUACACGCGAUAUAUCCUGAUAAUAGCUCGUAAUUUCCGCGUGCUAUAGUAAAUAUCACGAGACUACGUUACCAAAUCUAGAUAUAGUACUAAUUUAUAUAUAUAUUAAUAUUUACGAUCAUUUCUAGUGAUUUUUAUGGUACACAUUUUGCGAAGAGGGACUGUUUCAAGCUUUGAACGAAUUUUUGUAAACUCUUUUCCUUCUCAAAAAAGAAAAAAAAGAAAAAAAAGAAAACAGGGGAUAUAAAAUACAAGAAAAUUAGCACAUCCGCCAAUUUCUAUGAAAUAUCUCGACCAGCGGUUUAACCCUCGGCUUAAACAUAUCACGCUUACUUUGAGCAACAUUUUCGACAUCUCUACACUACACCUCUCUGUAUCUGGACGAUCAUCGAGGAAUCGGCUAAGUGAUGUUUCUCCAUCACAGAAAGCAGCGUAUCGCAAAGUGUCAAAUUUGUCGCUCGAGAAGCGCCGUAGCUUAGGGUGGAUUGCAUUAGUAUUGGUUAACUACGAAACCGUGAAAUUCUCUCUUCACGCGCGUAAAAGACAGCAAUGCAUUUAAUAGUGUACAGUUAGAGGGCCCUAGAGAGCCUGUAAUAAUGUAAUUAAUUAAGCAUUUCUCCCCUUCUUACACUUCUCUUCAUUACUCGCUAACCAGAUAUCAAUUAACCAAUAUUGCUGAUGCAACCAACCCUCGAUUUAUUUACGAUGACAAAGGCAUCGACGUGUGAGCAAUGAUGUGUGAUUUUUAUAACGGGUACUUUAAUAGAGAUAAAAAAAAAAAAAAAAAGAUGCGUUACAAACACAUA